GCCUUCUUCGCGCAGAAACAGGAAGUAGGAUUGCGGACCUAGGAGCCAGGCCGGCAGCAGCUCAGGACUAGAGUCGCGCUCCGAACGCACUGCAGUCAAAUCCUUGCCGCUGCCCCUGGCUGUCGCCUCCCAAGAAAAGUCGUGGGACCAUGUCGAAUAUGGAGAAACACCUAUUUAACUUGAAGUUUGCUGCAAAGGAACUUAAUAGGAAUGCCAAGAAAUGUGAUAAAGAAGAAAAGGCUGAAAAGGCCAAGAUUAAAAAGGUAAGUAAUUUUUUUGUGUGUGUGUGGUAUGCGGACCUCUCACUGUUGUGGCCUCUCCUGUUGCAGAGCACAGGCUCCAGACACGCGGGCUCAGUGGCCAUGGCUCCUGGGCCCAGCUGCUCCACAGUAUGUGGGAUCUUCCUGGACCGGGGCACGAACCCAUGUCCCCUGCAUCAACAGACGGACUCUCAACCACUGCGCCACCAGGGAAGCCCCAAGGCCAUUCAGAAAGGCAAUACAGAAGUUGCAAGACAUGCUGAAAAUGCAAUCCGCCAGAAGAACCAAACAAUUAAUUUCUUGAGAAUGAGUGCUAGGGUUGAUGCUGUGGCAGCCAGAGUUCAAACUGCAGUUACAAUGGGCAAGGUAACCAAGUCCAUGGCAAAUGUAGUUAAGUCUAUGGAUGCUACAUUGAGGAGUAUGAACCUUGAAAAGAUUUCUGCCCUGAUGGACAAGUUUGAACAGCAGUUUGAAACACUGGAUGUUCAAACGCAACAAAUGGAAGACACAAUGAGUAGUACUACAACCCUAACAACACCACAAAACCAGGUGGAUAUGCUGCUUCAAGAAAUGGCAGAUGAAGCUGGCCUUGAUCUCAGUAUGGAACUACCACAAGGUCAAACAGGUUGUUUUGGCACAGGUGUUACUUCCAUGGAACAGGAUGAACUAUCACAGAGACUUGCUCGUCUACGUGAUCAAGUGUAAUUUAAAGAACUGGCGCUUUUGUUUACUUCACUGGCUUCUGAAAUAUUUUCUGUGUAUGUAUAGAUAAGUUUCACUCCAAUUACAAUAAGAAUGCCAUACAUUACAGAAUGCUUAACACUAUUUGUAUAUAAUGCUUUCUUUUACCUUGCUGUACUUUCCAGUACUUUAAUUCCAGAGAGUUUCCACCUUGACAGAUUUUACAGUUUUGUAUAUUAUGUUGAAAAGUGCAAGAGAUGGGUUUUUGUAGGUGUCUUAGACUGAGCUAGCAUUAACUUGUUGUAUAUGAAAUAUCUUCCUCAAAAAUUACAUUAAAAAAUCUAGGACCAAAGUACUACAGAAUAAAGUACUUUAUACAGAAUAAAGUAUAGAAUAAAAGUUUUGGUUUCUUUUUAACUCAAGGUAGUUUUAAAUCUCUGUCUACAUUCACAUGUGAUGCAUAAAAAUAAAAACAGGGAAAAUAUGUUUACUUAAUAUGUUUACAUAACCAAAAACACCUCAUUUAGCGUCAUACAAUGGACAGUGCUACUUUUUGUGUUUUAUGUUUGUUUUUGCUAUUCAAGCAGAAAUUCAGUUGACUUUUAAUAUGUAUUCAUCAACUUUUAAAUUUAGAUUACUAUGAGAAUCUUUACCUAGUAAUUUAAUGACUAUUAAUUGAAUUCCUUAAAUAAAACAUUUUUUCAUUGAUAAAAAAUCUGCAAAAUUAAAUCAAAGAAAUUAAGGUUUGCUCAUUAAAUAUUUUUCUCUUUGGUAAAUAUCACUGUUAAGACUCACCAAGAAAUUCAACAUUUCAUACUUUUAAAUGAAAGUGAAACACAUUUUUAAUGAUUACCCAAUUUGCACUCAACCCUUGUUAGGUUGUAUUUUAAAAGGAGAUUAAUUUGCAUGGCCUUAACAUCAUUUACAUUUCUGACAGAAUUGUUGAUUGGUUUUCAAAAAUCUUGGCCUGUGUUUUUAAACCAACCAACAAAAAAUAACAAAACAAAAUUGAACCAACUCAAGUUACAAUUAUUGUUGAUCCUUGAACAACGUAGAGGUUAUGGGUUUCAAGCCCCCUUUGCAGUUGAAAAUCUGCGUAUAACUUUAUAGCUGGCCCUCUGUAUCUGUGGUUCCACAUUCGCAGAUUCAACAAAACACAGGUUGUGUAGUACUGUAGUGUUUAUUGGAAAAAAUCUGUGUAUAAGUGGACGCACACAAUUCAAACCUGUGUUGUUCAGGGGUCAACUGUACUAUAAGUCCUGGUUAAAUGUGUUCAUUCUUUUAUCUUAAACAACUCUCAUAACUGGAAGAAAUAAAGUGGAAAAUAAAUAAAUUGGAAUAAAAUGUUUUGCCCAGCUAUGCAAAUAACUUCCAGCCUAAUGGAGGUCAGGAGCAUAACAUACAGGGUGGGCAGAAAACUCAUAAGAUUGUAAAGAAGACUAGACUCUUGAAGGCCAGGAUUCUUGGGGGAAAGUAUUUAAUGACCAGCUGUACUACUUGCCAUCUCCCCAGGAAUAUCUAUAUUUUACCCAACUAAGAUGAACAAAUUAACAUGUGCCUGCACUUUUCUGAUGUAGCAGUCUCAAAUGUGGAGAAGUGACCAAGUUAGAUUUUAGAAAGUGUACUACUAAUCUAGGUUAAGUAAGUAAAGUGUUUUUCCUUACUUAAUGUAUGAUUGAUCCAUGAAAGAAUGCCAAUAUUUCAUGAAAUUCUAUUAAGAGCACCUGUUUAGGCAUUCUUCGUUCAAAGUGCAAUUAUUGGAGGCUCUUUUUCUUUUAAUUUUUAAAUUUAAUUUAAUAUAUUUUUUUAUACAGCAGGUUCUUACUAGUUAUCCAUUUUAUACAUAUUAGUGUAUAUAUGUCAAUACCAAUCUCCCAAUUCAUCACACUGCCACCCCCACCCCCCCCCCGCCGCUUUCCCCCCUUGGUGUCCAUACAUUUGUUCUCUACAUCUGUGUCUCUAUUUCUACCCUGCAAAUCGGUUCAUCUGUACCAUUUUUCUAGGUUCCACAUAUAUGCAUUAAUAUAUGAUAUUUGUUUUUCUCUUUCUGACUUACUUCACUCUGUAUGACAGUCUCUAGAUCCAUCCAUGUCUCUACAAAUGACCCAAUUUUGUUCCUUUUUAUGGCUGAGUAAUAUUCCAUUGUAUAUAUGUACCACAUCUUCUUUAUCCAUUCGUCUGUUGAUGGGCAUUUAGGUUGCUUCCAUGACCUGGCUAUUGUAAAUAGUGCUUCAAUGAACAUUGGGGUGCAUGUGUCUUUUUGAAUUAUGGUUUCCUCUGGGUAUAUGCCCAGUAGUGGGAUUGCUGGGUCAUAUGGUAAUUAUAUUUUUAAUUUUUUAAGGAACCUCCAUACUGUUCUCCAUAGUGGCUGUAUCAAUUUACAUUCCCACCAGCAGUGGAAGAGGGUUCCCUUUUCUCCACACCCUCUCCAGCAUUUGUUGUUUGUAGAUUUUCUGAAGAUGCCCAUUCUAACUGGUGUGAAGUGAUACCUCACUGUAGUUUUGAUUUGCAUUUCUCUAAUAAUUAGUGAUGUUGAGCAGCUUUUCAUGUGCUUCUUGGCCAUCUGUAUGUCUUCUUUGCAGAAAUGUCUAUUUAGGUCUUCUGCCCAGUUUUGGAUUGGGUUGUUUGUUUUUUUAAUAUUGAGCUGGAUGAGCUGUUUAUAUAUUUUGGAGAUUAAUCCUUUUUCCAUCGAUUCGUUUUUUUGCUAAGUACUCACUAUUCAUAUGUAAUGUUUCCUAUUGUAAAAGAGAGCAUGUAUAAAUGAAGAUUAUUUUCACUGGUUAAUGAAAUGAGAAAUUACUUUUUUGCUAUGUUUGGGUUAAACCUAUUUAACUUUCUUGGUAAUUCAUAAUUUGACUAUAUGAUGUGACUUCAAUGUGGUAAUAUUCCAUUUUGUUUAUCAUUGAUGCUUUGUCUUUUCUACUUAAAGGGUAAGUUUAUUACAUUUGGAACAUCCCAGAGAAGCAUAGAAGAGAUUAUUACAGACUAAAAUAUCUGUGAAAUAGAGUUUUCUUAUUUUCCAUUGGUGGGAAGUAAAUAACUGUUAGUAAAUAACUGUUCCAAGAGAGUCUUAAAUUGGCUCUAGUGUAGACUGUAGAGGAAAAAGCCCCAGAUCUGAUCUACAGUGAUUGAUUUUUUUUUCUUUUUUGACUUUAAUGCAAAUUGUUAAAUUGCAAAUAUGGCUUACUUACAUCUAGAAAUAUAAAUGACUCUGAUCUAAAGAUAACUGCUCAUAGUUUUAUUUAACAACCAAAUCAGAUUUGUCUUUUAAAACUAUUGUUCUCUGAUAGACACAAAGUUUUGCUUUUGGAUUCAUUUAUUAUCUUAUAAUAAAUUUUUCUUUCUUACAAUUUGUUCUUAGACCAACAGCCCCACAAACUGUGAACUCUUUCUUACCUUGUUAGUACAAGUUAUAUUUCUACUUUGAUAAGUGAUUCAAUCAUUGAAAAGUAACACAUCAAACUAUACUAUCAUGAAAAGUAGACAUCACAGCACCUUUCAUUUACCUUCAGUUUUAGUUCCCUAUCAAUCUACUUUUCUCCAGAUUUUUUUCUAAGUAUUUGAUUAUAUCAUUUGGUAAAAUGUAUAAGGUUAAAAGCUCAGAAACAUUUUGCUGCACCUUCACCCUUUAGACGAUGUGGCUAUUAUUUAAAGCAAUCUUAAAAAGGACCCCUGACAAAAAUUAUAUCCCUGCUCCUAUAUGCCUCAAUGCCAAAACUUUUCCACUUUCUUAUGUAAGCAUUGUGGGCUGGAUUAUUUUAACUGCUAAUUUAUUACCAGUCAUUGCUACAAAGAAACAAAUAGGAGAUAGAACAGGUAAAUUAUGAUGAGAGAUGAGUUUGCUUUACAAUUUAGAAAGUUAUGGGAAAGGACAUCUGGAUGGACUAUCUGAAGAGAGUCUUAAGGGUACUAGUUAUCUAUAAAGAAAAUAAGAAAAUGAUUGAUAGGUUGCCAAAGACAAACCUAGCCUAGUUUUCGGUGGAUUUGCUCAAGUUAGUAAAUAACUGUUAGUAAAUAACUGUUCCAAGAGAGUCUUAAAUUGGCUCUAGUGUAGACUGUAGAGGAAAAAACCCCAGAUCUGAUCUACAGUGAUUGAUUUGGAUUUCUAGCUCUAGCUCUGAUACUGACUUCUAACUUAGAUAAUUCUCUUACCCCCAUCUGGGCCUUAUAUUCCCUUUCUACAAAUCUUUUUAGAGUACAUUGGUUGCAUAAACUGAAGUGAGUUGCUGUAGUACAGUACAUUACCUCCAUUCUUUUCUGUUUUCUACUAUUCACCCAAAAGAUUGCUAAAUGCAGUAUUAAGAUGUUAUGAGUCUUAGAGUCUUUUGUCUCAGGAGAGCUAGAGAACAUCUAUUCCACCCCGUAACUCAUUUUACAGAAGAGGAGACCAGAGAGGUUCAGAUCUACCACAUUUGUUGGGCAUCUACUAUGUGUUAGGAAUGGUUCUGGGUACUUUGAUAUAUUGUGGUUUAUUUAAUCCUCAAAAUCCUGUGAGCAGUUGGAUGAUUGUUAUCCCAAUUUUUAGAGAACAGGAAAAUAGGCUGAUAGUUGAAGUAGAUGGUGAAGAGUCAUACAGCAACUGAGAAACAGAGCUUGGAUUUUAUUACUGAUAUGUCUGACUUCAAAUUCAGUGCUCAUGGCACUGUACUAUACUGGAUUCUAACUGGAAUUACAAGAGAAGUCUUGUUAUACCUCAUCCACAUUCUAUUCCCAAUAUAUAAUUUUCUGAUUUUAUUGCUGAGACAGUGAAAGCAACUAAUCAAAUUCUUGACUAGAGGGUAGUUCAUCCUGAGACAAAUAGGUGUUCUAGGUGAAGAUUGGUUCUUUCUUCUCCUAUUUCUUUCUUCUCCAGUUUGAGCUAUCAGAAAAAUAUGAUUUUAUAUUUCAGUUUGGAAAUCAUAGCUGUUUUUCCAUAAGUUAACAAAUGGAAUCAAUUUGUUGCAAAGUUAACUAAGUUGUAUUCAUAAUCAAGGUUUUCAUCUUCCACACUGGGAAAUGCUCCCAAGCAAAAAUAUAUAUUGGUCAAAGUCACUUGACUAAAAUUACAAGAAUAAAAUCUAUCCAGCCUACUACCUACUGAUGAUACUGUCUAUAUUCUUGUCAGUAUAUUACUUCUCUACUGUACUAGCAGGUACAAAGUUCUUGAAAGUGCCUCACUACAAAUAAAUGACUGUUGUGCCUGUGGUGCUUAAUAAUUUAUAUAUUAACCACUAACUCAUGAGUUAUUUCAUCUGCCAGACAGGUAAAAGCCUUCCAGCCUUCAGUUAGAAAAGUCCAAAUAGAAUGUUAAAGGAAAAUUUAUGCCUAGUAAAAUAACUUAUUCUGUUUAAUGUUUGUUCUCUAACCUAGGGAAGGAAAAAAUGUCUUCAUUCAAUGUCUUGCU